UUUGGAUCAUAUGUUCAGUUUUGACCUCAGUUAAUGGCAAGUGUCUUAUCAUGACAGUGAUUCUUAUGGCUUAGCCAGUGGUGUCUUUAGCAUUACAUGCAGGUCUGAGCAUCAGCCAUCUGUCUAAAGGGGAGUCUCUGCGGAAGGUGGAGAGGGGUUCACGUAUUGUCACCGUUGUUCCCCAGGACACAAAGCUUAUAUUACAGAUGCCAAGGGGAAACUUAGAAGUUGUUCAUCAUCAAGCUCUGGUUUUAGCUCAGAUUCGGAAGUGGCUGGACAAACUGAUGUUUAAGGAAGCAUUUGAAUGCAUGAGGAAACUGAGAAUUAAUCUCAAUCUGAUUCAUGACCACAACCCUAAGGUGUUUCUUGAAAAUGUGGAAACCUUCGUAAGACAGAUAGAUUCUGUAAAUCAUAUUAAUUUGUUUUUCACAGAAUUGAAGGAAGAGGAUGUUACAAAGACCAUGUAUCCUCCACCAGUUACCAGCACUAGCACUGUCCAGCCGUGCAAGGAUCCUGAUGGGAAAAAAGUAGACCUUGUCUGUGACGCUCUGAGAGCAGCCAUGGAGAGCAUAAACCCCCACAAGUACUGCCUGUCCAUACUCACCUCUCACGUGAAGAAAACAGCCCCAGAGCUGGAGAUAGUGCUGCAGAAGGUACACGAGCUUCAAGGCAGUACUCCACCUGUUCCUGAUGCUGUGAGUGCUGAAGAGGCCCUGAAGUAUCUACUGCUUCUGGUAGAUGUUAAUGAGUUAUAUGAUCAUUCUCUCGGGACCUAUGACUUUGAUUUGGUCCUCAUGGUAGCUGAGAAGUCACAGAAGGAUCCCAAAGAAUAUCUUCCAUUUCUUAAUACACUUAAGAAAAUGGAAACCAAUUAUCAGCGGUUCACCAUAGACAAAUACCUGAAACGAUAUGAAAAAGCCAUUGGCCACCUCAGCAAAUGUGGACCUGAAUACUUCCCAGAAUGCUUAAACUUAGUAAAAGAUAAAAACUUGUAUAAGGAAGCUCUGAAGUUAUAUCCGUCAGACUCGCAGCAGUACAAGGAUAUCAGCAUUGCUUACGGGGAGCACCUGACACGGGAGUGCCUCUUCGAGCCAGCCGGGCUUGUGUUGGCCCGCUGUGGCGCCCACGAGAAAGCGCUCGAUGCCUUUCUGGCUAGUGGUAGCUGGCGGCAAGCUGUCUGCACGGCGGCCCAGCUGGACCUGACCAAAGACCAGCUGGCUGGCCUCGGCAGAACUCUGGCAGGAAAGCUGGUUGAGCAGAGGAAGCACAGUGAUGCAGCCACAGUCUUGGAACAGUAUGCCCAGGAUUACGAAGAAGCUGUGCUCUUACUAUUAGAAGGAGCUGCCUGGGAAGAAGCUCUGAGACUGGUAUACAAAUAUAACAGACCAGAUAUAAUAGAAACCAACAUAAAGCCUUCCAUUUUAGAAGCCCAGAAGAAUUAUAUGGCACUUCUGGACUCUCAGACAGCCACAUUCAGUCGCCAUAAAAAGCGUUUAUUGGUGGUUCGAGAGCUCAAGGAGCAGGCACAGCAGGUGAAUCUGGAUGAUGAGGUGCCCCAGGGUCAAGAGUCAGACCUCUUCUCUGAAACUAGCAGUGUCAUGAGCGACAAAUAUUCCCAUAGCAACUCCAGGAUAUCAGCGUAUCUUCGUGGACUGUGUGUUUGUGCCCACGAGGCCCAUACACUGGUACUCAAUUUUUAUGACAUCUGA